UAAAAAUAAGAAAAAUUUGGAAGAGUUACAAAUCUAUCUGAAAUUUGUUCUGGAUAGCAUCAACAAUUUAUCUCAGACAUCUAUUAAUAUAUUCGAAAAGAUGGAGAAGGAUACGGACAAUAUUAGUUGCGAAUUAGAUACCUUUCCAGAGAGUUACUACGAUGAAUUAGCAGAACUUAUCCAUAUAAAUCAAGGAUUAUUAAAAGUAAUAAAUAUACCGCAUGGAAAUGUAGACCUUAUUUGUGCAAUUGCGCGGAAACAUUUUUUACAAGGGAAAAUGACGAAUAGUAGAGGUGAUUACAUUUUAAUUUUGCUACCACCAGACAUCGCAGAGGAUCAUCUCGAUAAACUUAUCGACGUAUUCGAAGAUCAUGAUUUUCCUGUCAUAGCAACUACUUUAUGUGGAAAAUGGGCUGGAGUAGGAAUUGAAUAG